AUGGCUAACAAAUUAUCCUCUGAUGAACUACCAAAGUUCAAUCUUUUCAGCUUCCAUGUAAUGAAUAAUUGCACGGACGUGCUCUUGCCUCAUCAGUCCGACGCUCUUCAAUUUCUUGUCGAAAAGUUCAGUGCUAAUCCGCAGUCUAAUGGAGCGGCCGGUGAUGCUAGCGAAGCGACCUUGCCGAAACGACCACGCUCAGAGGCUAAGGAUUUUUAUUUGCCACUCCAUGCUGGGGUCUCUAUGCCUACCGGUUCAGGUAAAACGGGAAUUAUAUGUUGCCUUCCGUAUUAUCUGGGAAGCAUUGGUUUGGAAGAGCCGCCUCCUGGUUCUCUAGCCACUGGAAAACCACGCCAUCACUUUAAAAAGCCCAUAUUGGUGCUCGCCCCUAACCUUGACAUUGCAAAUCAACUUUAUGGGCAAAUAGCGGUUGCAGGAGGAAUCUCCCACAAGAACUUUCUGUUAGGGAAGAAGAUAGUACACAGAGAUGAUCAGAAGAGAGUCCUUCCCGACGUGAUGAAGAUUGAUGUCACUGAUGAUUUGACAGAUCAAUACUCUCUAGAGAGGUAUGAUGUGAUCAUAGCAAGCGUUCACAAGUUUCUCUCUAAAAAGACAAGAGAAGAAUCGCCAAAGUGGGUAGAGAAGUUUGACGAUAACUUGUUCUCAUUUGUUAUUGUGGACGAAGCUCAUCAUUUCCCAGCUCCCACUUGGGUAAAAAUCUUAAACAAAUUUAAACAUCAUGCAGGAGUAAUAUUCUUCACUGCAACACCAUAUAAAAGUGAU